UCAAUGAACCAAAUAGGUUGAAACAUGCUUGGCCAAGCAAUCGCACAUACUUAUAUUUAUUUUUAAUUAAUAAAUAAAUAAAUAUGGAUAUAAACGGGCCAGAGCAACCUGUGGAGAUUACGCUAGGUAGCUGUCCGGGCACCACGCCUGGCACACCACUGAGCAAAAACCAGUUGAAGAAGCAGCGGAAGCUCGCCGAAAUGCUGGAACUGCGAAAGUUGCGUCGCCAGAAGGAGCGCGAGCGCCGAAAGGAGAAGAAAGCUGUGGCCAAGGCCAAUGGAUUGCCGCUUAGUAUGGGACCCUCUCGCAAGGAGCUGAAACGGCGGCAGCUAUCAGCAACCAGUGGUCAGAGCUCUGGCGAUGCGAUCAGCGUAGCCAUCGAUUUGGACUACGAUGACCUGAUGCAGGAGCGAGAUAUUGCCAAGUGUGUGAAGCAAUGUCUGCGGAUCUACACGAUCAAUCGACGUGCAGCACAGCCGCUGCGUUUGCACUUUACGGGCAUUAAGCGCGAGGGACACAUACACGAAUGCCUUAAGAAGAACGACGGCUGGGAGAACUGGCAUGUGGACUACCACUUUGAUCGCACGCACACCGAACUAUUCGACCAGAAGCAGUUGGUCUACCUGACCUGCGAAUCGGAUACGGUGCUGGAGCGACCACAGCCCGGGCAUACGUAUGUGAUUGGCGGCCUUGUCGAUCACAACCAUUUGAAGGGACUGUGCCAUCAACGCGCCACAAGUGCUGGACUCUUGACGGCGCGCCUGCCGCUCAGCGAGCACGUGGAUAUGAAGACACGCGCCGUGCUCAGCACCUUCCAUGUGUUUGAGCUGCUAACACGCGUGGCAGCUGGACAGGAUUGGACGCAAGCGAUUCUCGAAACCAUACCACAGCGCAAGGGUGCCAAAGCCAAGAUUAGCUUAAGCACAAAUGCGCAACUGAAAGAAGACAUACCAAGCGAGCAACAGGAGCGAAGGGAGCAACAGGAGCGAAGCGAGCAAGAGGAAGGCGAACAAAAGAAGCAGCCAACAGCAAAAAGUUGACCCCAUUUGAAGGAGAUUAUUGUUUAUUAUAAUUAUUAUUUGUAAAUAAAAAUCGUGAUUCAAGAUUGAAGAUACAACGAAAACAAAUCAAGUAAAAUCCAUAAAGAUGCGCUUAAAGCUAAGUUAAUGCCAAAAUAGAACUUUAAGAACGCGUGUGCCAUAAGUUGGACACAGUUAAAGGUUAAUAUAAUUGUUGCACCUUCAAACAUCCUUUGCACAAGUCAAACAUAUAUCUUAGAGCUAAAUGUAUUUCCCCUAUAUGUCUAUAUGGUAUCUAUACUAAUUGAAGCAGCCGCUAGAACUUCGCUGGACAAAUUGUUUGCCGGCAUUUCUUUCUACAAACUAGUAUAUGUAUUUUAUGCUAGUCUAAAUUUUACAUAAGGCAGCAUUACCUUGCACUGUGUUGGCGAGGACUUAUAACUUAUACAUUAAAUUACAAAUAUUUUACUCGCACUACAAAUUUUUUUUUUAGCAUUCAUUAGAUGCUUGUCAACUUAGCCUAGUUAAUUAAAUAGUUAUAUACCCAAAAAGUAUACACAAGCUGGCACAGAAAAAAAAAGAAAAUCUACAAAUACAUUUCGUGAAUAUAGUAUUGUAUCCAAAAAGAUUUCUCAAAUAGUUAAAGCAUUUUCAAACCAAUGAUUAUCAACGGCCUUAUCGAUAAACUAACAACAAAUGAACUUACGUCUAACAUACAAUCAGUACGGCUCUUAAUGUGAUUACAAUUAGGCACAAAUUUUCUUACA